AAUAGCAGCCUGGAUUUCUCAGCUUGCAUUACAGUACAGCGGACACAUACAGUAUUAGUGACUGAAAACUGCAUUCAUCUUCUAAUCCAUCCAUGGCUCUUCAGCUCGUCGGUUAUAUUCUGUCUAUUACUGGAUUAUGUGGCCUCAUUAUAGGCACAUUUACGAAUGAAUGGGAAAUCCUUGGACAUGACAACGACAAGACUGUGGUUCUGGAGAGAUAUAAAGGAUUGUGGAUGGACUGCUCCGUGGACAGUUCGUCUCACUUGAGCUGCACAACUUACACUUCUCUUCUUCAUCAGACCUUUAAAAUCCGGAUGGGUCGAGCAAUCAUGAUCACCAGCAUCGUCUUUUCAAGCCUCGCCGCGCUGGUGGCCAUUUCUGGUCUCAGAUGUACAAGAUUUUUAGAAGAGAGCAAGAAGUCGAAGGAUGGAGCUGCCUUCUUAGGAGGAAUCCUUUCUGUGUGUGGUGGUCUUCUUUCUUUGGGCAUAACCAGCUGGUUUAUAUAUGGAAUUGUUGAUGAUUUCUUUCAGAAUGACACAGGGAAGGAGAGGUAUGUGGUUGGCAGAUCUCUGAUUGGUGCAUUUAUUGCAUCUGUGCUUUGUUUAUUUGGAGGAGUUCUCCUAUGCGCCUGCAGCGUGACGCAUCUACUAUCCAAAAAAAUGAUCAGCAAGCAUCCGGUCUCCAGGAAUCCUGAAAAGACUAUGUUUAAUGAUCCUGAGACCAUCUGAAUACCUACAGUCAAUCUGAAUGGCAGACACUGGUUAAAUGUUGUGUAUGUGCAUGCAUUGUGUUAAUGAAGAAAAAGACAAUAAUAAACCAUUUUAUAGUAAUUAAA